AUGGCAACCAGCGACUCUGAGGGGCGCAAGAGCACCUUUUACGAUUCCGCAUAUCUUGCAGAAUACUAUGAUCUAUGGGCCGAGAAGAAUACCAAAAACUUGGAUACCAAGGAUGGCACACCAAUCUACACGUCUAUCCUCAAGAACGCUCUCUCCACGCGAUCUCCUCCCCCCUCCCUUGAUGUCCCGUUUUCUAUCCUCGACAUCGGCACCGGGACAGGCCGUGUCCUGAUCAAUCUGGCCAAUGAUGGCGAGAGAGACAGCCUCGAUCUCUCAAACGUAUAUUUUAUCGGCGUGGACAACGAACCUGCCAUGCUCGGCCGUGCAGAGAAGGCACAGGCGACGCUGUCAAGUAUGGCCCGAGUCGGCAAAGUGGAAUGGGUUUUAGCGGAGGCGGCCGAUGUGGCAUCAGCGACAACACUGAAGGGAUAUGCCGGAGGGAUCGACCUCCUUUUCUUUGCAGCGGGGAGCAUUAGUCACCUCAUCGGCGCUGACGAGCCGCAACGAUUUUUUGCCCAGGUAGCUGCGCUUCUUCGUCCUGGCUCCGGCCGGGCAUAUCUCCCCAUUGUCAACGAUCUGAUUGCGAAGCGGUCAAUUACCAAGGAGCCUGUGGUCGAAAGGACGUGGGUGAAGCUGCAGGAGGCUGAAGGCUUCCCCAGUAAGGCGUUCCCAGAUAUUAUCUACAGAAAGUAUCCCAUCGACGACUCCAAAAUGGAAGGAUGUGUAAAGACAGACUACCAUACCUUCCACGCCAUCCGGAAACUGGCGACCGGCGAGGAAGAGGUGAUUCAGAAGGACAGAAUCGUGUUCUCACUACGUGUGUGGGAGGAGCCAGAAUUUUUGGAAUGGGCUAACCGUGCUGGAUUGGACUGCAUCGACACGUUCCACGGGUUGCGGGACACCUGUUACGUGUUGAAGCUUGUGAGUUAG